AACUCUCCUUUUUUACAGCUAUGGAAGAUGAUGAUGAUCAAAAGGAACUUCAGCUUCUCCCAACUCCAAUCCCCAUUUCUUCACCAACCCAGAUUCCAUCUCGUCGAUCCACGGCGGCGGCCACGACGGCGAUGGGUGGUGGUGGUGAUCAUCAAUACGGAGGCCCUUCACUCGACUUACAACUAUCGAUCAGUUUAACCCCAAUCCAACAACCAUCGAAUUGUGUCAGCGUUGAGUCGUUGAAAUGGCAAGCGGCGGAGCAAAUCCGGUUGGCGGCUAUCGAAAAGGCUUACGCGGAACGAGUUAGGGAGUUAACGAAACGGGAGAUGGAGUUGGCUCAGUCCGAGUUCGCUCGGGCGAGACAUAUGUGGCAAAGAGCAAGAGAAGAAGUGGAGAAAGCUGAGAGGAUGAAAGAAAGAGCAACGAAACAGAUAGAUUCUACGUGCAUGGAGAUCACUUGUCAAUCUUGCAGGCAAAGGUUUAGGCCUUGAAAAAAAAUUAAUUUUUAAUUUUUGAAUUUUAUAAUAUCAAAAAAAGAAAAAUCAAACCCUUGUUGUUUAAUUCAAAGAUAGCUGAGUUUUUUUUUUUUUCUUUUUAAAUAUAUUUUCCAUGGCUGGUUGAGUUGUUCUUUAAAAGGGUUUGAAACUUUGGGGGCAUUGGAUUUAAGCAAAAAAACAACACAAUAAAUAAAAUGAUGAUCAGAACGAUAUAUAUAUGCAGUGUGUAUUUUUCAAUUCAUUUAAUGAGAAAUUUGAGUUUCUGCAA